GCCCCUGCGUCAUACGAUUCGAUACGAUAAGUUUCGUAGGUAUUGUGUGGUGAUCGUGUUUGAAUGAUUAAAUGGUAUUAAGAUUUUGGUAUGGCGUUGUGGGAGCAUUGACAUGGAUAGGUUGUUUAUUAUGUUAGUUUUUUUUGUAUACCUCUGUGGAUUUUAUAAAAGUGAUUCGUUACUAAAUAUAACUUUCCAGGCUGCAUGACUUGAGAAGCUGAAAUCGAGGCAAAUGUGCACUUGUAGACAUAAGUUCUCGCUGUAUUAAUCAUAUAGAAACAAUGGUUAUUUAAAUUAAAAAGAAGAUCCUAGUAUAAUAAGCUGAUUAUGGACAAUAAGUGCAACAGUUUAAUCCACAUGCAUACUUUUGCGGUCUCUGAUCGAACACAACAUGUAACGUACUGGCAGUAAGUCGCUUGUGUUUGUGUGGAGCUAAUUACAAAUUUUAUACGUAAUUAUAUGUAGUAUAAGUAUGAAAACAUGAAUGAGCACAAAAUGAAACUUCAAGAAGCACCUGCUACGAUAUGUAAAGUUGUAAAGUUUCCUGCGUCUGUUACAAGUUAUUUCAGAAUAGAGAAUGGCCAAAAUGAGCAACAUUAUGAUCUGAAAGGAGGGCUUUUGAAAGAUACUCAAUAUGCCUGGCUGAGUUGGGGUCCAAGCUUUGAAGUAAUACGAACUACAAAUGGUGCCAAAGUAGCUGCCUGGACAUUUGGAGCUGUCUUGCAUCAUUCAAAAACCAGAGUAACUUGUGUCACAGAGUUGCCCUGUAAUGAUGGUUCAGGACGUGUUUCGCAGUUUGUGGUGGGCUUGGAAUGCGAGUUGGUUGGAGGGAUGAUAUGUGUUUUUGACAUACGCGGCUCUAAGGUUCUACGUGCUGUACGGAUGCCUUCUAAGGUGACAUCUGUGAAUGUAGUGGAUUGCGGAUCUGAAGGAUGCUAUCCUCUGCCGCAACUCCUCAGCUCUAUGACUGGUGUGCUUGCAGUUGGCCUUGCUGGUGGACAAAUAAUGCUUGUGGAUCUGUGCCGGAUAAAUUGUGAUGAGGGGCUAAGCAUGGGAAGCUGUGGUGACUUGAGAGAUGAGUUGCAUGCUUGCCAACUUCUGCCCAUCAGUGUCCAAGAAACUGACCAGGAGACCCUGGAAUAUAAACGAGCACAUGCUGCCAGAACAGGAGACCAUUUAUGUGUGGUGUUGAAUGAGUCAUUCCUGGCAGACAAGAUGUUCCUGCUACCAUUGCCUGGUGGCAAUACAUUUAGUCUUCCAAGACGACGUGUAGAUGUGACAGCGCUGAUGUAUGUUCCCCGCAUUGCCAGCAUAGUGGCAGGCUUUAGUUUUGGAAGUUUCCAGAUAUGGAACCUCAUGCAGCUGACCUUGGAGUAUAUGAGCCCAACCAUGCAGGACCCCCUUCCAGUGAUUUCAUUUGGAUUCCAGGAGCCAUGUGAUGACCCACGUAACUUUUGCUACCUGUGGUCAGUUCACAGUUCCUGCCAUAGGAACAGGAUGCCAUUUGCUGUAAUGUAUGCCCUGUGUUACCAGUCCAAGGAAUGGGUUGAUGGGUAUGGUUAUCUUAACCAGGACUUUGUAUCGUGUGUACAUCGGUUUGACUUUGAUCUGGAAGGAGAUGAGGGUGGUAUCACCAUAGUAGGAGGCAACAUUGUGGCUUGUCACACCAUCAACAAGUUAUCACCAGCUGUGGCAAAAAGAGACAAUCCUCAUGCUGAUUUGGAUGACAGUGUGCAGGAGAGCGACCUGACAUUAUGCCUCUUUGUAUGGGAGACAUGGGGAGCUAACUGUCCUGGCUCAACCCGAAUGGCUUUGUUUGAUCUUAACCAGUGGUAUAAGGAGCAGAUGCCAGCCAAAAUAGUGAAAGGUCAGGCCUCCACAUACAUGACUGUUUUGUCACUUGACGAAGUAGUGGAGGCAUCUGUCACUUCUGCCAACAGCACUAAUCCACUGUUAGAUGUGAGAGUGGAUCCUGCCAGUCUUUCACAGUUCACUGCAGUGCAGAGUCUUGAGGAACAUUUCUAUCCCUCAGCUCUUGCAUUUGAGUCUCUGAGUCUUCUGGGAGAAGAGCUGGUGGUGGUGAGUCAUCCGGGUGUGCAACGAGAUAUCCUGUCACAACUAGAGCAGAGUGGACCAUCUGCACUUGUGUAUCCCACCAAACUGUUCCACCAUUGUAUUGCUAUAGGCCUCAGGCCUGUUUAUAUGGAACUGAGCACAACAUUCAACUGUCCUCUGACAGAACAAAGGGAGUUCCUGAUGUCGGUUGCCCUGGAAUAUCAGCUGGUGGGCUUUCUGUCUCGUUGUGCGGUUGAAUGGGUGGAUGGAAGCCAGAGUGCAAUGGGUUGUACCCUGUCUUCCCUGCUGAAGUGGGGGUGGCAGCGGGCUACGAUUCUGAAAACCCAUGCUGACAACCUGUGCAUUCCAUUGUAUGAUUACUCGGGUAUGAAACUGGACACCAACUCAUACCAGUUGCUGGAUUACUGUGGCAACCAGCUCCACCACCUCACCACUUUGUUCCAGGGCGUGCUGAAGAUAUGCAAGAAUCCCUCUGUACAAGGUGUAGGAGACUUGUCACAUCAGGCACGGGUCUUAGAGCUUGUUGCAGUGUACAUUGAAGUGGUGGAAUGGUUUGUUAAUGUGGGUCUGCUGCCUGAGUUCCCUUGUGAGGACCUUGCCCUUGUCGAUGAUGGCUAUGAGGCUGCAGGCGAGUUUGGAGCACACAGAGUCCCCUAUCCUGCUUCAGCUCUUGCCAAAGUCUACCAGAGAAGGAGGUCAGAGUUGGAGAAACUGAGCAGAUCUGCUACUGACAAGACAGACAUCCUCUUCAUUGAUGGACUGGUGAAGAGGGAAUGCAAUGGCGACUGCCUCUCUUCCCUGUGGGAGCGGGAUGGAGGCACUGGACUGUACCCUCCCCCCUCCAUUCAGUCUCUUCUCCGAACUUACCUACUGGAUGGUAUUCCCAUGCAUGUAAAGCAUAGCAUUGUUAUCUACGUGUUCCUCGAUUUGGCUGGACUGUUGGAGUCUCGCAGGUAUACUGCUGCCAUCAACCAGUUUAUAAAGUUUCCUUCUGCAUUCCGUCUUACUCCCAGUUUCAUCAAGAUAACACAGGCUCUGUGGCUUUUGGACCAUCAGGAUUUCACAGAAGCUAUAGACAUGUUGUUGGAUCCACUCAUUUCAAUGGAUGACCUGAAACCAUGGCAGCACCAGUGCAUUAUACGAGCAUUUCUCUACCAGGGUCAACAUCAGAUGGCUCUGAAGUACAUUCGUGUCCAACAGCCACCACUGAAAGAUAUUGAGGACAUUCGGCUAAACCUAACAGUGUUGCUUGUGAAUGGCCUAAUUCAUGAGGCAUUCCAGUACCAGCGACAACACUGCAAUGAGCAGAAUUCAAGAGAUUUGCUUCAGCACUUUUUUAGUGCCUGCCAGCAGAUGAACCAGCUGAGUGUGGUCCUGCAACUUGCCCUCUCUCCAAUUGAAGAGGAAGCAUUCACAUAUUUUCUCCAGAAUUGCCACAAUCCAUGGGCUGAUGACAUGCGUGUCAUGUAUUAUCUCGAACGUUCCAGGAUUGCAGAGGCAAUGGAAGUGAACAGUAGCAUUCGCAGUUCAAAGAGCCACAUAGAUCCAAAUAGUUUGAAGCGAGGUCGCACAGAAGAUAAGCCCAGUUGUGUCCGGGACACCAUUGUCCAGGCUUAUGCUAAGACACUGCCAUCUGUCACCAGGAAACUAGCCCUAUACUGUGCACAGGAGAAAUCCUGCUUCACCAACUGGAAGCAAGUGUCACAACCAACUCCGAUGUCUGUGGAAGUUCACCGUGGUGAAUUGCAGCCAGUUCGCUAUAAAUCCUCCUUGAUCCAGGCCACUCUGGAGAAAGCUCGUGAGACAUGGAGUCAUAUGAUUCAGUCUCCUGUUCAGUCAUCCACUCCAUCUAAACGGGAUCGUUCCAGCAUGGAGAAUCCUUCAGUAGAAAUGACACCGUUUUUAUGUACACCUCGAGCUGCAUCAGACACAUCGAAUUUCACGAGGAAUGUGACAGCUGUUGUGUUCCCAACGCUCACAUACACAAGUCCAAAGUCUGAUGAUGAUCUGGGUAGUUCCCCUGUGAAGCGGUUCCGAUAUUCAGGCCAUUACUCAUCGCCACUAGGAAGCGCAAUUGCGUCAUCACGCAAGAGACUGGAUCGGUACUCCAACCCAGAUGCAUUGUCUCUGCUCCAGACACCUCAUGUCCGACGGAGGACACCCUCAUCAUUCUCUCGGCUACAGGAGAAACAAGAUCUGUCUUCUUCAAAUACUGUAUUCACACCACAGUCCAUUCUGAAGGUGCGGAAGAUGGUGCGUUGCUCUGUUAGUCCUGACAAUCUGUCACAGGUAUCAUUCACGGGAGCUUCAGCUACUCCUGAGUUGCUGGAGGAGGAAGAAGAAGUGUCAGAGGAAAAGAUGCAAGUUUCAGAUGAGGAGGCUGUGCAGGGAAGACAAAUUCGCUUCAGUCUCCCAUCAGAUGAGCGUCAGGAUAAGAAUUUAACCCCCGAAGACAUUACAUCGCCUUCAGUCAUGAGGUCUGCCAGCAAAAAGAGCAUAUUAGGUGUUUCACCUCGCAAGGCACUAACACGCAUUCGUCAUCAUGGGCCUGUAAGGUUUGACAAUUCCAUUCCUGAAAACAUGAUUUCCAGCAGUGAAACGUUACAAAUGGCUAGCAGUAGUAUGAUUGACCUUGUGGAAAAGAAUCUCUCAUCUGUUGUGUCUCCAUUGCAUGAUCGAGUUGUGAAGGAACAUACAUCAGAUUCUCCUCUGGAAGGAGAAGGAACCGGAGAAGCGUCCCAAAAUGAGCAGGAUAAUUCAAAGUCAGAGGUGUGCUUGCAGGACAGUGAGUCUAUAAGCGUGGAUGAUAACAGUGAUGUGUUUCACAGCCUGGAGAACAGUGACCGUACUGUCGAUAGCGCUAAUCAUUCAGUUGCGGACAGCGCGGAUGUUCAGAGUGAGUGCCCUCUGAAGAAGCUGCGAGUUGAUAAUUCUGACAAGGGGAAAGAUGAAAUUAUUUCAACACAGGUUCAGCCUGUAGAAGUAAAGGAACAGUUCACACCAUCACAACCCACAACCUGGACUACUGAAACUAGCAUUCAGAAUUCAGUUGAGGAUCAAGAGACAGUAACUGCAGAUGCUGUUGAAGUGAGACAUUUAGUAGUGGAACAGGGCAGUAACUUGGAAGCUGCAGAAGGCUUGGUACAGAAAAGUUCUGAAGCAGAUAUGGAAGAAAAGGAACAGUCUGUUACUGCAAAAAUUUCAGGUGAACGCGGGAAUGAAUUUCAGUCUGGUACAGAGGAGAUGCUCAAGGAGGAAAAGAAAGAUGUUGGCAUCCUGCUAGAUACCACAACUUACAGUGGGCUUUCGUUUGAAAUAUCCAAGGAUAUGGAGCAAGAGGAGGUGGCGGCAGCUGUCAAUGUGACUGUCAGUUCGUCUGAUGGUGAUGUUGGUGUACAAGAUCUCAGUGAAGAAUCUGGAGAUGAGAAGAUGCCAGCAUUGGUCAUUGAGUCUGUUACUGGGAACGUGGAGAUGUUUGCAUGCUCUGAGGAUGACCAGAAGGAGUACCAAACCCUUCAGCCAUUGAUCACUGAAUCUGAAGAUGCACUUGAUGAGAAAGAGGAGUCUACCAGUGAGAAUGAUCAACCUGAUGAGGUUGCUGAUGUGCUUCACACAAGGAAAAAAGAACAUGAGAUGGCUACAGGCGGUUGCAAGGAGGACAGUGAACAAGAUGAAGGACGAAUUGUGAGACCCGAGAUACAUGCUACAGAAAUUGAAGAUGAGGAGGAUAUUGAGGAAGAAGAGGAGGACAUUGAAGAAGAAGAGGAGGACAUUGAAGAAGAAGAGAAGUAUGUCUGGCAUCUGUCUGCCGUAAAUAUCUCCAGUAGCAGUCCCUUCCUUUUGGCUGUUUGGAGGUUUUGA